CCAAACACCUUCAACAGGCCAUAUCAUUGGCAGUUAAUGAAAGUGAUGCGGCUUUUUGGAAGGGAUACAUUGAUCUUCACCGUGAACAUUAUCUGCUCGAAUGUAUUUCCGCAGAAAGUGACAUUGAACUCACCAUCGAAUUUAUACAACAGGCUCUAAAAAAACCUGGUUUUCUUGAA